UUUAAAUAUUAACGGAAACUCGUCUACAAAAAUUCAUUGAUAUGGAAGAAAUCAGUAUAAUAUUUGGUUUUGAACAGAGUGAUUAUGAUUUUUAAACCCAAAUUAAUAUGAAGUUGGUAUUUCAAGGACUCGUUCUAAUAUUGUCUCAUUUGUUGCAAGGCAGUCUCUGUACACAGAACGAGAAUGUAGAAGAAGUUGACUUUACUCAGUGUUUGGUUCAUCCAGUGAUUACCAACGAAAGUGUGUGCGACCCUGUGCCAUUUAAACCGUACAAUGUGAAAACCAAGCCACCUCCAAAUCUAGACCCUGCCAGACCCGACUGCGAUUGUGGAGUUCAUGACUUUGUGGAGACUGAUGGGACGUACAAAUCGGCCACCCCAUUGGUGGAUGGUGCCUUCACUGACAAGAAUCAGUUUCCUUUCAUUGUGGCUCUAAUUUACCGGAAAACGAACGUGUCUGCCACUCAUUUUUGCGGUGGGACUCUUCUAACAAGCAAACUCGUAAUAACUGUUACACAUUGCUUGGUGGGAAAGCGGGCCGAGAAGACGGAGGUGUGGCUGAACGAGCGUGAUCUUCUGCUUUCUACGGAGACCGAUCAUCCCACCCUCAAAAUUAAAGUGGGCCGAUUUAUUCCGCAUCCAGAAUACAAUCCUCUCAUGAACUACAAUGACAUAUCGUUAAUCGAGUUGUCCGAGCCCGUGGACGUGCUGAAAAGCCAUCUUCGUCCCAUUUGCCUCCCUCCUGAGUCGACAUAUGAGCCCACUGACCACUGCUCCACUGGGUUCACUGCAGGGUGGGGCCAAACCAAAUUCGACGGACCAAAGUCUGACCACUUGCGUCAUGUCGAGGUCCCACUCAUCACCAACAAAGCGUGCAACGAGGAGUCAGAGCCAUACUAUCGAAACAGGGUCACAAGUCACAUGAUCUGCUCAGGCGACCUGCAAAAAGGAGGACCUGAUGCGUGUCCAGGCGAUAGCGGUGGACCGCUAUUUGUGAAACACAGAGACCGGUACAGACUCGUGGGGCUUGUCAGCUGGGGAGAGCGUUGCAGUGAGCCUCGGAAACCGGGCGUUUACACGCGAGUCUCGAAAUAUUUGAGAUGGAUUAAGAAAAUCAGCGCUGAGACGGAUCGAAGUGAGGAGUGCAUGGAUGAAUUAAAAUUUAACAAAAAUUUCUAGGAAAAAAACACAUUUCCUUUGGAAAAACUCCACCGCCAUAAUAAAAUUUUGUAUUUUUAGCCAAAAAUAUGAGGGAGAUCGUAAAUCACAUUUUCUGGGUUUUUUCUCGUGACAAAUAAAUUAGUUUUUAUCUUGCACCCACAUCACACUGGUGCUAAAUA